AUGAGUAAACUUAAGAGAUUCAAAAUUUGUGUAAAGAAAUGGAACUGGGAGGUCUUUGGAGACUUGAAAAUCAAAGUCAAAGAAACCGAAGAUGAAGUUUUAAAAGCUGCAUUGCUCUCAGAUGCUCAACCAGAAGAUGUAACUCUGCUUAACAGUCUAGUAACUGCAAGAGGAAAGCAUGAAUUGGCAGCUCAACAAUACAAUGAAUUACUAAGAUCAAAGUCAAGAAUAAAAUGGGUGAAAGAGGGUGGUGCAAACACAGAUUUAUUAGUGAAUUAUUUUAAGAAGAAAUUUGAACAUCAGGAAGUUAGUUUUGAAGAAAGUCUUUUUGAUCCCAUUCCCAAGGUAAUAACUGAUGAAUAUAAUGCACUCAUGGAUGCGCUGCCUUCAGCACAAGAGAUUAAAGAUGUUGUUUUUCUAUGGAUCCAAACAGCUCUCCUGGACCUGAUGGUUUUCCAGGUAAUAUCUAGCCAGCAAGGUGCUUUCAUAAAAGGAAGAAACAUCCAAGAGAAAAUUGUGCUUGCUUCAGAAUCGGUAAAUGAAAUAGAUACCAAAAGAAGAGGUAGCAAUGUUGGUUUGAAGUUGGACGUAACUCAAGCCUUUGAUUCAAUGAGUUGGGAAUUCAUUUUUGAAACACUAAAGCAUUUUGGCUUCUCUCAAGUGGGGAUUAAUUGGUUGAAGAUAAUUUUUGAAUCUGCAAGGAUUUCAGUACUUGUAAAUGGAGGGCCAUUUGGUUUAUUUGAAGUGAGAAGAGGACUCAGACAAGGAGAUCCAUUAUCUCCCAUUCUAUUUGUGAUAGCUGAAGAAGUAUUGAGCAGAAACUUAACCAAAAUGAUUCAAGAAGGCUUAAUUCAAACAAUGGUUAAUAGAAAUGGAUGUCAUCCAUCUCACUUAAUGUUUGUAGAUGACAUAUUUAUAUUCUGCAAUGGGCACAAAAGAACAUUGGAUAACUUGAUGGGCUUACUAAUGAGAUAUCAAGCUGCAUCUGGACAAACAGUUAACAGAGAAAAAAGCAAAUGCUUUGUUGGUGGGGUUACUGAAUAA